AAUCAAAUUGCAGGCGCGCGCUAUUGUGGCCGUACACGUCAACACAACGGUACGAACCACCUGCAUGAAGUGAAGAUUCAGGAUGAUUAGAUGAGUCUCAUCAUCCAAAUUCCCCCUUUGUGAGGAGCGUUUCUUGGUAGGGUAAAUACUCACUGGAGCUGUGGUAGGAAGUGAUGCAUUGCAGACGAUGACUUUGGAACGCUGCUACCGGUAAAUAAAUAGCGCAGAAUAGCAGGGAGGUUUACGGAAGUAGCCAAGGAGUUACCGUGCGCUAACACUGUUGCUGAGCUGAGUGCAGUGAGAGAGAGCAGUCGAACUAUACAGUACCACAACUUGCACACGCCCCGGUGUGUAGCUGUUUGUGUUUGUACCAGGGUCUGGUCUGACCGCUUUUUGUGAUAGUUUAACCUGCUCAAACCAGCCGGGGGAGAUGGCUAGCACUGCUGGGGAUGUGCUGAACGGCACAGCAGAUGAUAUUGAUGGGCGAGUGUCUGCGGAAUAUGACCAUGAACAUGAGGAAAUGCCAGUGCGGGCGUCCGGGGAAGAGAUGGACGAACAGCGGAUGAAGAACAUCGCUUACCAGUACCUGUGCCAUCUGGAAGAGACCAAGAAGUGGAUAGAGGCCUGCAUAAACGAGGAACUCCCUCCCACCACCGAGUUGGAGGAGGGGCUGAGGAAUGGCGUGUACCUGGGCAAGCUGGCUCAUUUCUAUGCCCCGGAAAAGGUGCCCCUCAAGCGCAUCUAUGACAAGGAGCAGUCGAGAUACAAAAACAGCGGUCUUCAUUUCCGCCAUACGGACAACACAGUCCAGUGGAUCAGGUCGAUGGAAACAAUUGGACUGCCCUCGAUUUUUUACCCUGAGACCACGGAUGUGUAUGACAAGAAGAACAUGCCGAAAACAGUCUACUGCCUCCACGCCCUCAGCUUGUACCUGUUCAAGCUGGGCAUUGCACCACAGAUCGAGAGCUUGUAUGGCAAAGUGGACUUCACUGAGGAAGAGAUCAGUGCCAUGCAGCAGGAGCUGGAUAAAUACGGAAUCACCAUGCCGGCAUUCGGCAAGAUCGGAGGAAUCUUGGCCAAUGAGCUUUCUGUGGAUGAUGCUGCAGUGCAUGCUGCCGUUAUCGCCAUAAACGAAGCCGUUGACAAGCAAGUGUCUGCUGACACCAUGAAGGCACUGCACAACCCCAACGCCAUGCUUGUCAAUCUGAUCAACAAUAACCAGGACCGGUACCAGGAGGUGCUGUACGAUGCCAAGGAAAACAAGAAGCAGAGUGCCAUGAACAAGAGCAUGCGUGAAGGUGAAGAUAUGGCAGAGAGAGACAUGUAUGAAUUGCUGCUAACACAGGCAGAGAUACAGGGCAACAUCAAUACUGCUAACGUACAAAAUCAACUGGUGGUGAUUGAUUCCGCACUGGACAGCGGUGACCCCACGGCAUUGGUCCGCGCCCUGGAGAGUCCAGCCAUCGGUCUGAAGGAUGUCAAGUCUGAGCAUGGCCGCUACUAUCUGAGUAUUCUGUCUGAUGUGCGCAAGAAGAAGGCAGAGAUGGGAGGUGAAAGAGGAACAGCCUUGGACAAAGAUGAGCUCCAGCUGGGUGUCAACCUGGCCAACACACAAGCCGAGGAGCACAAGCAAAUGUUGAAAGCCGUGCGUGACAUCAAUGCAGCCAUCGACGGAGGCAAUGCCCACGAGACUGUACAAGCUCUCAGCAGACCCGAGGCCAAGCUGCCGCCCGUCGAUGUGCAGUGGGCAGGGCUGUACCAGGACGAGUUGUCUGGACUGAAAGCUUCCAACGAAGCGGAUCUUACGCAUGACCAGCUUUCAGAAGCUCUGCAAGUGCUUGGCGUGGUGGCCAGCAUUAACCACGCAGUGGAGGCAGGUGACGCGGACAAGACGGUCCGCCUCAUGCUGCAGCCUGAGUCCUGCCUGGGAGACGUGGACGGUGAUGAGACGGUCAGGCAGAGGUACCAGGACAAACUGGCCUCUCGGAAACACUCCAAUGCUAAGGCUGGAGCGGAUUAUCUCCUACAAGAGCAUAUACAAGACUGUGUGGAAAAGGUCAAUGCGGAGGUCCAGGAAGAACACGAACGUAUCAUGGCAGUGGCAAAGAUCAACGAGGCCAUAGAUACCGGCGAUCCAGACGAGACCCUUAAGGCUCUGCAGACCCCAGCCGCCAAGCUGCGAGAGGUGGACCCCGAGCUACACAUACUCUACCUCAUCACGCUACGAGGCGAAAAGGACCACAAGGCAGAGUUGAUGGAGGAUGAGGCAGCUGUUUUGUGGCUGGAUGAAAUCCAAGAUGGCGUCGACAAGUCCAACAACAAGAACGUCAAUGCAAAUAAGCUUGCGGUGAGCGUGGCCAAUGUCAAUAUGAUGAUUGAUGACAAGAAAUCGACCCCUCUCCUGGAUGCACUGCGUCACCCAGACCUGGCUCUCCAUUCAGUGGUCCCUGAGUGUGAGCAGACUUACAUGGAGAAACUCACAGAGGCCAAGGAAGAAAAGGCAAAGAGUGGUGCUCCAGGUAGCUGGGUCUGCCACAAGCUGAAGGAUGGGAGCAGUUUCUACUUCAACUUCCUCACCAUGGAGUCCAGCUGGAUUGAAGCGGAAGACUUCAACGAUUCCAACCUGCAGCUCAGCAAAGAGGAGAUCCAGAAAGUUGUGACAGGGGUGACAGCCGAGUAUGAUCGUGCCCUCCUCUUCCAAGCCAAUGAGGACAAGAUCGUCACAAUCCAGUCUCACGUCAGAGGGACUAUCGCCAGGAAGGCCUACAAGGAGAGACUGGAUUUCAUCAGGAGGCAGUUACCUGCUAUCGUUCGCAUACAGAGUUGGCUCAGGGGAUUCCGUCAGAGACGAGCUUACAGAGACAGACUUGAAUUCCUCAACAAGCAAGAGGAAACCUCUGUUAAGUUGCAAUCUUAUGCCCGGAUGUACAGAGAGAAGAAGAAGUACCAAGGAAGACUCAAUUUCUUCAGAGAUAAUGUGAACUCUGUGAUCAGAAUUCAGACCUUCUGGCGAUCCAACAAAGCCAGGAAUGAUUACUUCACACUCAUCAAAUCAGAAAAUCCACCUGUCAGCGUGGUCUCAAAGUUUGUUCACCUACUUGAGAGCAACGAAGUGGACUUGAACGAGGAACUUGAACUGCAAGAGUUGCGUGAGAAAGUGGUGAAGAAGAUUCGCUCCAAUCAGCAGCUAGAGAACGACUUGAACAUGAUGGACAUCAAGAUAGGACUUCUGGUCAAGAACAGGAUCACGUUGCAGGAUGUGGUGUCCCAUGGCAAGAAGCUGCGCCGCCAGACGGAGACCAGUCGCACCUCGGGCCUGAAGGCGCUGAGCAGGGAGAAGCGAGAGAUGCUGGAGGCCUACCAGCAUCUCUUCUACCUGCUGCAGACCAACCCCAGCUACCUGGCCAAGCUCAUCUUUGCCAUGCAGAGCCGUACCACCAAGUUCAUGGAGUCCGUCAUCCUGACGCUCUACAACUACGCCGCCAACCAGCGCGAGGAGUUUCUCAUGCUUAAACUCUUCAAGACGGCUCUGGAGGAAGAGAUAACGAUGAUCUCCAAAGUGGAUAAGAUGAUGGAGAUUGUAACAGGCAGUCCUAUGGUCAUCAAGAUGGUAGUCACUUUCAACAGAGCGAGGUAUAUGAGGUGUAUGAGAGGGGCCAAAGGUCAGAGUUCAUUGCGUGAAAUCCUGCAGCCGUUGGUCAAGGGUGUGAUGGAGGACAAAAAGUUGAGCAUCAACACGAGUCCCACGGAUGUCUACAAAGCCUGGAUCAACCAGAUGGAAACACAGACGGGACAAGUUAGCAAACUGCCCUAUGAUGUUCCGACGGAGCAAGCCUUACAACAGAAGGAAGUACUGGAACGCAUUGAGCAAUCAGUGAAAACCCUGGGCACAGUGGCCGAGCGUUUCCUGGUGUCCAUAUUUGCUGCUCUGGACAAAUUCCCAUACGGUAUCCGCUACAUUGCCAAAGUGUUGAAGCAGUCACUACACAGUAAAUUUCCCAGUGCUACUGAGGAAGAAGUACUCAAGAUCGUGGGCAAUCUCAUCUACUACCGCUACAUGAAUCCUGCCAUUGUUGCCCCCGACGCCUUCGACAUCAUCGACAUCGGAGUGGAGAAAGGCAUGAGCAAUGAGCAGCGGCGCAACCUGGGCUCCGUCACCAAAGUGCUGCAGGCAGUGGCCUCUGGGAAGGAGUUUACCGGUGAGAGUGCCCACCUGUCAUCCCUCAAUGGUUUUGUCCAGGAAGCCUUUGGACGAUUCAAGGAUUUCCUGUUGAAGGUGUGCGAUGUACCCGAGCCAGAGGAGCGCUUCAAUAUCGACGAGUACUCUGAUUUUGUCAACCCAAGCAAGCCAAUUGUGUACAUGUCAGUCAAAGAGAUUAUCGACACACAUGCUUUGUUAGUGGAGUACCUUGAGUCCCUAGCCCUAGAUCCUCAUGAUCCCCUACACGAGCUGUUAGAGGAUUUAGGAGAAGUGCCCUCACCGGAAGACAUCCUGGGUGAGAUACCGGGUGAGCCAGGUGAUGCUCAGUACGAGGCUGUCCUGGCCAGCAUGGCCAAGACAGAAAUAUCACUCACCCUGACCAACAAGUUUGAGCUUCAAGAGGAUGACGAGAGUGACAAGAAAAGGCUCUUCAUCAAAACCAAGAGACUGUUGGUUGAUGUGAUUCGCUUUCAGUCAGGCGACAAUGUCACCCAGAUCCUGAAAAGCCCUGCAACAGACGAACAGGAGGAGCAGCAUUCAGCCUUACUGGAGCAGAGAGUCAAGCAGGAUGAGAAGGCAGAGAGCAGCCAGAAACUGACCAGAUACACCUCAGCCAUGGAUGACAGCAAGUUACCUUUGAACUCCAAGAAAGAGAAGAUCCUACGUAGCCUGGACAUUCUUGAGAAGGCGGGCAAAGUGGACAGUGAAGACCACUACCAGGUCAUGGUCAAUGCCAUCGCACAGGAUAUUCGCAACCAGCGACGCUACCGACAACGCAGGAAGCAGGACAUUCUCAAGAUGAAAGGAACUACGAAUGCCCUGGAGACUAAGGCCACGUUCUACGAAGAGCAGACUGACUAUUACAAUCAGUACAUCCGGACCUGUCUGGACAACCUGCAGGCAAAGAGGUCUUCAAAGGCUGAGACCAAAAAGAAGUCGGCAGGAGUAACUUACAGUGCUGCCAGACUGCACGAGAAAGGGGUCAUUCUGGAGAUCGAAGGACUGGAAGAAUCACAGUUCAAGAAUGUGCUGUUUGAGAUCAGACCGCUGUCAGCCGUGCCGGGUGGGUUUGACAUCUCGGCCAAGUUUCUGGGAGUCAAGAUGGACACCGUGCAAAUCAUCUUCCAGGAUCUUCUACAACUGCAGUACGAGGGGGCUGCAGUCAUGAACAUGUUUGGCAGAGCCAAGAUUAACGUCAACUUGCUCAUCUUCCUGCUAAACAAGAAGUUCUACGGCAAAUAGAGCAGUGCUUGAUCUACUGCUAUACUGUGGAUACUUGGUAACUUUUAUUAAAAUGAAAUUUCCAGUUUUUGCUGUCAUAUUUGAAAAUGUAGCUCAAAGGUUUUUUAUAUUAAACUGUAAGUAGGGAUCCAUUGUUGGACCAACUUAAAUGUUGAUCUUAGCUGACAAAUGUGUGACAAACAAGUUGCCUUUUUGGGGUUGAACCUUUAAGAAAAAACCUUCCCCACUUAACAAAGGUUGCUCGGACAAAAAUUUUCCUGAUUUUCGAAAGUGAAAUUUCUUGCUGUGGACUUUUUCUGUAUAUAUUUCUCUAUUAAUCAAUUGGUCACUGUUAAAUUAACUUCAUUCCUGCAUUUUGUAUUUUUUGUGUUAAAAAAAGCCAGAAGCACGUAGAACCAUGAAUUGAGGGCAUAGCUGGAAGGCCAUAGAUGAUUUCAGCCAAAUGUCGUUGGACGUUUGGCGCAGCAGCUUUCGUAACUUUGAAACAAAAUGUUUUGAAAAAGCGUACUGCAGGGUUUACCGAGCAGAGCCAGGUACAUGUAGACUUCAGGUUUGAAAACAAACAGCUCCAUUUGCAAUUUCACAUUUAACCUGUUGUGAUAUUUGAAGUUGUAUGAAUUGUAUGAUAGAUAUGUACGAUUUUCCGUGAAGGUAGUUUAGGCACCCAUAGUGCUACCCAGUAAUAGACAAGAUUAUAACAAACGCAGCAAUAAUCCAUGAGAUAUAGUUACGUCUGUAGACAUUUUGUGGCCUUGUUUGUUGAUUGUAAAUAGAUGUGACUGAUCAUGGUACAUGUAGGUCAACGAAGAUUUUUUGGGUAGGUUUGGUUGUGUUGUUGCAUGGUUGAAGGCACAAAUGCCUUGUUUAAUGUAAGUUGUAUAAUGUACAAGUACAUGUAGUUAUUGCUAAUGAGAUUCCUGUCAUGUACAGUUUUGGAGCCACAACAUGAACUGUUCCAGUUGUUCGGCAAUAAUGCAUAGGCCUCCGGCAUGAAAGGUUUGUUAAAUCCUGAUACUCUUCCAUACAAAUUAACAUAUUACCAAAAAAGAAACUCUUCAACGUGAGUGACAACACUCCUUCUGUUGAUUUUUAUUGUCCUGUAAUAAUUUCACAAUUCCAUUAACUCUGACAAUGACUGCCCAUGGUAAUAACCAACAAUAGUGCCUUAUAAAACAAUAGUAAUUUAAAGUACAUUUUAUUCCAAUCUAACCCUGUGUCAGUUGACGGAAAUUUUAUGCAAAUAUUGCCAUUCAAACCAGCGUCUACUGUGCCUUAAGCUUCAACUAAUAUUUGAGUUAAAUAUCUCUUUUGUUUACUCGUACAUGCACCUGAUGUAUUUUGAUGAUGUAAGUCCCUUACUCUGUUCAGAAGUUUGCAAAAUGGGAGUGGCUUAAGAAAAUAACGCAUGCUUUUGUUUUUUUAACUCUAAAAGCUACAUUUUCAGGAAGGUAUUUGUUACUGCAGCAACAACAUAAAUACGUGUAAGUUGCACAGCGAGUUUAUUUAAGCAUUGGUUUUUACGUCUAGAAUGAAUUAAGCUUGUGAGUACAUGUACGCCAUUUGGAUUGGAGAUCAAACCAUACAUGUGCAAUUUACAAUCUGAAGUGCCCAUGUUGGUUUGCUUUAAGUAGGCCAUAUGCAGACCUGGUUUUGCGUGAUAUGUUUUUUCUUUAGUAUCUUUGUCGUAUACGUUUCGUGGUUGUGAACUUCUCAUAUGCCAUAUUUGCAAAAAUAGAAACGGUGUCCCAUAAACUGCUCGUCACGCCACAUCUGUGUGUUUGUGUUUGGCCAAGCUGGGCUACUUAGACGAGCAUUAGUCUGACUUUCUAGCCGAGAACUUUCAAGAGCAAGUAAAACCAAAAAGAUUGUACUUUGCAUUUGAUUUGCGCGGUAAAUACAUUUGCAUGACACUGAACUCCCUUAAUCUCUGUACGAGAAUGGGUGAUUCGAAUGCAUUUUUGCAGCAUGCAUGAAGCAGCUGUAACUCUGGACCAAAAUGGAGAAUUACUUAUUCCAAUGGUGACCAUUUUGAGACUGGUAAAUAGCUCCAAUGAUUCUUAAACUUGUGUUUAAGAAGUGGCAUUUGUUUGUGAAAAAAAAAAUAAAAGGCACUUCACCUAAAGUAAGAGUAAUCUAUUCAUUUAUUAGCAUUUAUGCAAACAGGCUGUAGAAUUUCACCAUUCUUAUGUGGCAAAUGCUUUGCUUUAAUAGAUUUGAGGUAUGGUGCUAAAAAUUAGGGUUCAUGCAACUGGAGAAAUGAACAAGAGCAAAAUAAAAUUUUGCAAAACUCAA